AUGCAAUCAACGUCUGCAGGUAGCGACUUCGCACUUGGCACAUCGGUUCCGCCGUUCUUGGAGCUCUUGCCACUACUUGUCAUCUUGCUGAUAUUCGCGUUUGGUAUCCAGGCUGUUGUUCUUCUUUCAAAGUCGCGGUGGGAGGAUCAGCAGGGAAACGGUGAGGGUGAGGUGGUGCGCACCAUCACAGGGACGUUUUACCGCAGUAGCUUUUACCAUCGUUUCUAUGAAAACUCGAAGUGCGAGCACACAGGUAUUCUCUUGAGCUCUACCUUGCUUAAUAUCGCAAGACAUGUGCAGAACGGCUCGAAACAGCUGGUGUGCACAACGGUUUACCCACGCGAUGCUCGACACGGACCCGACAAGCAGUCCGUGCUAUUCCUUUUUGACCCACUGAAAAGUGAUUCGGAGUUGGUACUGGGACCCUCUUCCUUUGAGUCUACCGGCUUCUUUUACGCAGGUGUUGCGCUCCGGGGGUUUAAUUUACGUGAUCAGCUCCCCCGUUACGCUGUGGCAAGCCUCCCAACGUGUGGCAUGUGGAUUACGGUGGAUGACGGCAUUGAGGUCACGUACCAGCGAUGCCGGAAAGAUGAAGACUUUGCACAGAGGGUGGAUCAUGUAUUGUAUCUGAAAGCGCGUGGGCCCGGCGCCGCGCAAAAACUCGAACGAUUUGUUGAUCAGUCGCUGAAGGAGUACAUAUCAAACCUUCCCCGCACGGCCGGUGGCCAGCAGUAUCACUUCCAGUUGACCGGCGGGGAGAAGACAUUACAAUUUACGAAGCAACUACUCUCCACAUCAAAGACAUUCGACACGUUGUUUUUCUCACAAAAAGAUGAAUUGCUGUCGCGCCUCGAGCAGUUUGUCGAAAAAAAGGGGCGCUUCGCUAUCGAGGGGUUUCCUUACAAAUUGGGUUUCCUUGUGUACGGGGAGUCAGGUGUGGGUAAAACCGCUCUGGUCUCCGCCAUCGCUGCUUACACGGGUCGACAUGUUAUUUCGCUACAUCUUCCUAUCAUUUCAACGGACCAGCAGCUUUCCGACAUCUUUCUUACCCGAACGCUGCGUUGCACUAAAGAUUUUCAACCUUUUGUAUACGAACUUGAUGAUGUUAUUUUUCUGUUUGAGGACGUCGACGCAAGCGAUGACCUUGUUCGCUGCCGGCAGGCGUCAACGGGACAAGGACCAGAGGGGGGAAACCAGUGUGGAUAUGGUUUGGGAGGCGUUGCCUCACAACAGGCGCGAUGUGAUGGUAGGUACAAAGUCCCGGGUCUCUCGGGGUUUCUUAACGUUCUUGAUGGCGUGGUUGACAUGCACUCCCUAAUUGUAGUAAUGACAACGCGAGACCCCAAUGACAUUGAUUCAGCCCUCCUUCGACCUGGGCGUUUUGGAUACAAGAUUCACAUGGAGAAUAUGCGAACGGACGAGCUAGUGGGGCUGGUAGGACUACACUUUGGAACUGAACAACGACACACGGCAGAGGUGGAGGGGAAAACAGAAGGGGAACGCAGUGUGAAUGCGGGAAGAAACUUAUACCGCCUCAGCAGGGCCGACGAGAAGACGGUUCGUGAGUAUAUUGUGUCUCGGUGUGGAGAGGAAUUUUCAAUUAAUGGUAGAGUUGCAGAGGCUAUGUGUAUGGGUAGUGACACCUUGGAUGAAUUCUUGGCGCGACUUGCUAAAUGGUACGGUGAAAAGUAA